CAACAAACCCAAUUCAUUCAACGCUUUCGACAUCGCCAAAAACUCACCUCCACUCAUCACUCCUCGCCUUCUUUCUCAUAGCUCGCACUCAGUCCAAUUUCCAUCUCCUCUCACUUGCAUCACAUGUCCAGGCUAUCAUGAAGUGAACCAACCAGGCAUAUCAAGCUCAAGCGAUCUUAGCUUAGUUACACAUCCCCUGCUAAGCAACCCGAGACAGGCCUCACAACAUUCAUCAUCAUGGCGUCGCUUCAAGUCAGAGGACCGGACUUUUCGGUCACAAAGCAGAAAGCGAUUGAGGAUGCAAAUAAAAUGCAAAAAGUGGUUGCCGAGCAGUGCUCAAAAGUCGGAAAGGACCCUCCACAGUAUCGACUGUCAGAGCUCAUUGGCAAAGGCAGUUUUGGUCGGGUCUACAAGGCCACCUCUCUAACAACGAAUCAGCUGGUUGCCGUCAAAAUCAUUGACAUUGAAGAGAGUGACACAGUUAACCCCAAGCUCGCCGAUACAUAUAGCGACUUGCUCAAGGAAAUUAGUGCCCUGCAACUGCUCAGCAACAGUGGCGCCAAGAACAUCAAUCAUGUUAUCGAUGCUCUUCCUGUCGGGCAGUCCAUGUGGAUGAUUACAGAAUACUGCGCUGGAGGCAGCGUGGCUACCCUUAUGAAACCAACCUCACCAGGCGGCCUUCAGGAGAAAUGGAUUAUUCCCAUUUUGCGCGAAGUGGCCGAAGCUGUCUACUGGGUUCACGGCCAGGGUAUCAUCCACAGAGACAUCAAGUGUGCCAAUAUCUUAGUCACGGAGGAGGGCAACGUUCAGCUUUGUGAUUUUGGAGUCGCUGGUGUUAUCGAAACCAAAUUCGACAAGCGCUCAACAGUCAUUGGUACACCCCAUUGGAUGGCCCCAGAACUGUUCGACCCUGCGGCUUCUUAUGGUACUGAGGUGGAUAUAUGGGCUUUUGGCGCCAUGGUCUAUGAAAUUGCAUCGGGUCUACCACCAAGCGUAGCUGCAGGCAUGAUGGACUUCAACAGACUAGGCUCAUACCUCAAACAACACAUCCCUCGACUUGAAGGCGACCGAUAUUCCCAAGGGUUGAAGGACCUCGUGGCGUAUUGCUUGGUUGAUGACCCUAAGAAACGCCCACCAAUUGAGCAAAUUCAGAGACACCGUUACAUAUUCAACACACAGGAUGCUUAUCCUGCUUCGAGCUUGGCACACUUGGUUAGAGGCUACAAGUUGUGGGAAGCUCAAGGCGGUGUUCGCAAGUCUCUCUUCUCCGCAGGAGGAGCCCAAGGGCCACCUGACCUCGCUAGCCUGGCCUUGGACAAUGAUGAGUGGAACUUCAGUACAACCGCUGCGUUCGAUCAACAGGUGCUCCAAACUGGCGACGCUCAAGCUGUGUUUGAUGUUUAUGGCUCCAACGUCGACUUCAAGCAGGAUGAAUUCGACGAUGCUUCCAGAACCCAAAAGCCAAAAUCACGUCGACGUCCGCCACCUCACCUUCCUUCCGUCAAGGCACCACUAGAAAAGCUAUUUGACCCAAAUACGAUAUCGAACUACGAGGACAACUCACGAGCAUAUUAUGGUCGUCCGUUUCCUCCGCCUACUGCCGAUUUCACCCCUCCACCCCCCCCUCCUGCGUCGGAUUUACCGCUAAGAGACGACUCAUCUCAGUCCCCUGGAGUGAGAGAAUCCCUGAUUGAUCUUGACAUGUCCCUAGAUGGUAGCAACCUCUCCGAAUUUGUUGACCUGAACACAAUCAGAGCUGGAGAUCCCAGAGCAUCGACCGACUAUGACUUUGGAGAUGUCUCCUAUAAUAAACCACCACUUAGUGAUCCAGCAGAUAUGAUGAACAACAACCGCAGAACACGAGAUUGGAAGUUCCCCUCCAUGGCCCCUCCCGCCUCAGCAAACCCCGAAAUGUUCAGAUUUCCGUUCAACGAUGACCAAGGGCCAAGUACCAGCCGCCUGAUCCACCCUCCGACAGAGCCAAUCCAGCCUUCGGCGCAGUUCAAUGACCUUGCGGUUCCCUCCCCAGUCAACAACCGAGCGUCGUCAGGCAGUCUCAUUGACUUAGACAUGGGUCUAGCUGAUCCCAUUCCUAUGAGCGACUAUACAAGGCCGUCCACAUCCCACUCGGACGUAGGAUCAUUGGCUGGCUCAGAGUUAGGAGGGGCCGAUCCUUUCCAGCUAGAAAAGCACGCCUCUCUUUACCUUAUGCCCAACAGUAUACGAGAACCAUCCAUCUAUGUAUCUGAUGAUUCUGAGUUUGCAAAUGCGGUUGCAGACCUUUCGCUCAAUAACACCCAGCGACAUGAUCCUCAGAUGUCCUACCAGCAAACACAGUUACCCCUAUAUCAACCCCAGGGACAACCCCAAUCUUCCCAGACCAACGGGAACGCCCCGAGUGAAAGACCUUACUCCCUUAGCGAGUUCGCCGAUACCGAUCCUGAAUCUUUCACUCCACAAACGCUUGCCGCCCCUGAACUUCAACCUCCUCCACUUCAGCCUCAACUAGAUCGGUCACCAGUUCGGGACGAUUACCCUCGAUCUUAUCAACAACAACAGCCAUUCCUUCCGCUUGCACCUACUGCACCCUCACCCCAAGUUAUGGAAGGCCAGGCCUCAUCAGAACAUGUCAAGGAGGAGCUUCGGCGCAUGGCCAUGAGCCUAAGCGAUCAUCUCAGCCACGCGAAUACAUACUUGUCGGGUCUUCCACUUCGAAGAGCGAGCACGACAAGGAUGGAGUCUAUUGAGACCCCUUGAAGACAUUCACGAAUGUAUAUGGGAAUUAAUUAUAUAACACCGUGUGAUCAUGAAGUUCGGAAAUGGCUUGCCAUUACAUUGAAUACUGGUUAAAAGCUGGAUAUUGUGCAAUGCGAUAUAUGAUCAUAAUAAAUCACGAAUAGAAUAUUCAAAAAUUCCCCCCCAUUCACCAAGCUCCUGC